GUGCCCAGUGCGCGGCGCCCGCGGCUCAGCUCCGCGUCCCCUCCCGGCCGCCGCCGGCCGCUCCCUUCCCCGCCCGCCCAUGUCCCUGCCCGUGGUGCUCCCGGGCUCCUGCUGCCCGGUGGCCGGACUCUCGGGCGGGCCGCAGGCCGGGGGUCCGGGCUCCGCGGCCGCGGCCGCCCAGGAGCCGCCUCUGCCCCCGCUGCGGCCGCGCUGGCCCCGGGCCGCCGUGCAGCCCCCGGCCCGGCCUCGCUGCGCGGCCACCGCCGCCCCCGGGGUGCUGGCUGCGCCGCCCGCGCUCUCCUCCCGCCGGGCCGCUGCCGCGGCCGCCGCCGCCCCGGGCUCGGCGCUGCUGCCCGCUCGCCCGCUGUUGUCUCUCGGGCUGCUUCAGCUGAUCCUGGGCUGCUGCAUGGUGGCGCUCAGCUUCGGGGCGCUGUCUCUGAGCAGCUCCCCUCAAGUGAAGAACUCGUGCCCGUUCUGGGCCGGCUCCUCGGUGAUACUCUCUGGAAUCAUAGGAUUGACAACCUGGAAACGGCCUAUGAUACUCCUGGUAAAUCUCUUCGUUCUGCUCUCUGUGGUGUGUGUCCUCUUAAAUUUAGCUGGAUUUAUCCUUGGCUGCCAAGGGGCCCAGUUUGUGUCCAGUGUGCCCAGGUGUGACCUGGUAGACUUAGGUGAAGGCAAGAUUUGUUUCUGUUGUGAAGAAUUUCAACCAGCCAAGUGUACAGACAAAGAAAAUGCCUUGAAGCUCUUUCCUGUUCAGCCUUGUAGUGCUGUUCACCUUCUGCUUAAGAAAGUCCUUUUUGCCCUGUGUGCCUUGAAUGCCCUGACCACCACUGUCUGCUUGGUGGCAGCUGCCCUCCGCUACCUCCAGAUCUUUGCAGCCAGAAGAUCCUGCACUGAUGAAUCCCAGAUUUCUGUCGAAGAAGUGGAAGAGCAUGGUCGUCUCCCAGACCCUGAUGACUUCGUGCCACCGGCGCCGCCCCCUUCCUAUUUCGCCACGUUUUACUCAUGUACGCCCCGGAUGAACCGCAGGAUGGUUGGUCCUGAUGUUAUUCCACUGCCGCACAUCUACGGAGCGAGAAUCAAAGGUAUAGAAGUGUUCUGUCCUCUGGACCCCCCGCCUCCCUAUGAAGCUGUGGUGAGCCAGACGGACCGGCAGCAGGGAUCUGGAUUCCAAGUGGCAGAAGGAUCAGAAGCUGCUUCCAGCCCAUUGGAACUGAUCUGCACACCGGUGACUCAAGGUGGAGACAUCCCUAAUGCACCUGGAGAAGAAAGUUCAUCCAUAUCAACACCCAACUCAAGCCAGCCUCCCCCAAUGAGAAGCCGGAGAGCCCUGCGGCCCCUGAGGACGAGAUCGAAGAGCGACCCUGUGCUCCACCAUUCCUCGGAGAGAGCCACCCCUGUGCUCAGCUGUGAAGCAGCAACUCAGACAGAAGGAAGACUGGAUCUGGCUUCAGUGACCCUGAGGAGAGGCUUGCGGUCCAGAGCUUCGCGAAGCAGACCGAGGUCAUUAGUAGAUUACAAAUCUUACAUUGACACCAAGAUGCUGGUGGCCAGGUUCCUGGAGCAGUCCUCCUGCAGCAUGACCCCCGACAUCCACGAACUUGUCGAAAACAUUAAAUCCGUUUUGAAGUCCGACGAGGAGCACAUGGAGGAAGCGAUCACAAGUGCCAGUUUCCUAGAACAGAUAAUGGCCCCCGUGCAGCCCAGCACUUCCAGGGCCCACAUGCUGCCCACGAGGAGACAGCCUGGCCUGCUGCACCUGCAGAGCUGUGGAGACCUGAGCACCUUCGUCACCGUGGGGAGACCAAGAGCUGAGAGGAGGCCCCGACGUGCAGAGGCUGAGCGGCCACAUAGCCUCAUCGGUGUCAUCCGAGAGACUGUCCUGUGAUCUGCUGGGCAGGCUCCGCAUCGGCCCCAGGAGCAGAAAGGAAGGAAGAUGGGCCCUGGAACGCAAAGGCCACUUGGAGGGACAGACCCCCUUCCUCACCUAUAGCUUCCUGACUGGGAAUUGGGACCCCCAUCUGGGAACUCUUCAGAAACAGGGGCACUCCAGAGAACAUUUGUUUCUGGUCUCUGGCCCCCUUCUGUUGACUGAGGGAGUGCCUGGGUGAAUGAGGAUGUUCUUCUAGGCUCUUUCGGUCUUUGGACACCCCCUCUUCUAUCAUGUCAUGUGCCCCAUCGGGGACAGAAACUGGGCUAAUGAUCCCCUGCUCACCUCACCCCUGUGGCUCUUUUUGAGUUCAUUCCCUCAGUGGAAGACUACUUCUGCUGGGCUGCUCUUUAUAUGGACUUUUGCUGCUCAGUGAGAAGAAUUGGCAUGGAAGCAGGACGUUUAACUCUGAAGUUCCGCAGUCGUCAAGCCUCAUUUUGGAUCACCCUCAAAUCGUGCACUCUUUAGGAAAAACAGGAAACUUUUUCAGUGACAAAUUGUAAUGAAAGACAUUGAGGGAAAGCAUUCUUGUUGAUUCCAUUUAUUCAUUCUUGUAAAAUUAGAAAUGACCAAGGCAUAACGGAGAAUAAAAAUGUUUACUUUGGCCAUUUGGGCGGGUGUGCAACAUUUCUUUUUGCAUGGGUGUCUGGGUCUUACCUACAAAGGGAGCAGUGGUGGUCAGGUCUGGGCAGCCACCAAGCCAGCUUAAUCUCCAAAGCGUCACCCCUGCACCCUGUGUUCUUCAUUGUUCUUCCAUCUUUCAGCCAGGGUUUGACAAAGUGGAACUGCCUUCCAGUGGGACCUGAGCAAUAAUCAGUUAAGCCUUUAUAGAUAGGCAAUUAGUGCUAAGAAGGAAGAGGGUGAUUAGAGAAGGGUUCUUUGAGGAAAUGACAUUUGAAUUGGACUUGACUUUGAGGGU